CCAAGUCGUUGCAAUCCAUCGAGAAGGUGCCGCCCGCUACCGCGAAAGGACACACCAUUUUCUAUCAGUCCGAAAGCAAGUGAAGAGAGUUCCCGGGAAAUGCUUCGACGAGGUCGCAUCGAAAACUAGCUACGAGAAGAUUACGACGGUACACACCCACAAAAAAACUCUAUCCUCGCCGGUCUCAUCGUUCCGCGUUCCCGCUGGACAAGACAACCGAUUUCGAUCGUUUCCGUCGACCAUGAAGUCGCUGGAAGAACUCCACCUCGGAGAAGAAGCCGCCGGGGGGCUCUCCGCGGGAAUCAUCGGAACAAUCAUAGGCUUCCCCCUCGACCUCAUCAAGACCCGGCUGCAAACCGGUUCGUCGUCGUCGUCGUCGUCCAAGGGCGGCCGCCCAUCGAUUCUUUCGGUGGGAAAGGACAUCGUCCGGAGCGAAGGAAUUCCCGCCCUGUACAAGGGGGUCGGGCCCCCGCUGAUUUCCCUCUCGAUUCUCAACACCACCACCUUCAUCCAGUACGCCUAUUUUCGGGAGCUGUACCACGCCGGUCCGGGAUGGGAUUCCCGGAAUUUCCUGGCGGGAAUCUCGUGCGCCCCGGCCUCGGGUCUUGUGUCCACCGUGGAAAACUUUACAAAGACCCAGAUGCAGCUCGACAACCUCAAGCCGAGAAGGGAGUACACCGGUUCGUGGAACUGCUUCGCGACGCUCGUCCGGACCCACGGGCCGGGCAUCGUGUACACCGGCCACGUCGUCAACACGAUCCGCGAGGUCUCCUUCCUCGGCCCCUACUUUUUCUUCUACGAGGGGUUCCGGGAGGCCCUCCUCCGGCAACAGGAACGGCUCCGGCGGGAAGCACCGGAGGCCACCGGCAGCGGCCUUUGGGGAUCGUCCCUCGCCACCAGCGCCAAGAUCGCCAUCCCCGUCGCCGGGGGCCUGUCCGGGGCCCUCUCGUGGCUGGUCUCCUUCCCCCUGGACUGCGUGCGCGCCGGCGUGCAGGGACAGGGCAUGCCCCCGGAGAGGGGGGCCCUCCGGGUCCUGGGGGACCUCGUCCGGACGCGGGGGAUCACGGGCCUGUACGCGGGAUCCAGCGCCAGCAUCGCGCGGGCGUUCCUGGUCAGCGGGAGCCGGUUUUCGGCCUACGAGGGUGCCCUGUGGCUGAUCCGCGGGGGUCGAUAGCCGCGGAAGGACGGACAGAGGGGGGUCGUUCCCGCACAACCCACACGGGGGUUGUCGGGUUCUGGGAUUCCGGAAGAACGCCACCUGCGGUGGUUGCGGACGAGAAUCGAUUCGAGAAUCCCGGAUGGUCACAGCUGCACCGAGAACCAACCGAUGCGGCGCAACGCGAGGAAAAGGGCUAUUGUUCCGCUGCGUAACCCACCGAGUUCGAAAAUCGGUACGUACUAUACCGGUACGACGUUGGCACUUUCGAUACAAGUG